UAUGUAUUUUGGCAUGCUCUGGACACAAUGGAAUAGCACUGGACGUGUUUUUUUGGUUGACUAGGAAAUGGCAGUGCGAAUGAUUAUCGGCACUGACGUUGUUCACUAAAAACUGCUUGUCUAAAGGUUAUGCGAAAUGCUUGCAAUUGAUACACCACUCACUGGAGUUUUUGCCCCAGACGACCGCAUGACAUUGCACGAACCCCGGUUAAUUAGGUUGCGGUAAAUGACAAACACAGCGUACGUACUGCUAAUCGGAUAAUUACCGCUCCUGGCAAAUUUGGGUUUGUGAAGCUUGGGGCUGGCCAGGGCAUCAUGCUUGGACGCCACCAGACCGCCUGUUACUAAACCCAAUGCUAAAUAUACGGACUACACCCAUGAAGACAACGGCGUGACUCCUGGAAGCUUAGCGGAACUAGGAUGUCGUCCGCUACUUCCUUCAGCAGACCUCCCGGACGAUGGCCACUACGGAUGUGGCCUGGCCCCGGGCGCCGUCUGCUGGACGCCACGCUCUACCUGCCCGCCGGGCUCUUCCGCAACUGCUUCUUCCGCCUGCGGCUGCGGCCCGCAGACCACUGCUGCAGCGGCUCCUGCUGCGGCUCCAGCGGAGAGGGCGGCCAGGGCGGCUGCCGGUGCUGCGACUGCUGCGACCUGCGCAUGUCGGUGUGCGCUGCGGCCGGCUGGCAGACGCUGAUCGGAGGCAUCCUAGGAGUGUUCUACACCGUCUUCACGGCGCUGCUGGUGCGGGUCGACAAGUCCCUGAAAACCAUCCAGAUGAGCCUGAUGAUCUACCUGCUGGCCUACUGGUGGCUGUACUUCCUAUCGGGCAUCGUGGGGUGCUGCGUGGUGAUCGACACGCAGGGCAUCCUGACAUACGAGCCCAGGGUGAUUGUGACGAGUCGCGCCUACGUGGCGCUCACGGUGCUGUGCACGCUGGGGCAUCUCAACCUCAUCGGGCUGGAUCACCGGCUGUGGGAGAACAGCAUGAGCCGGAGCAGCAUCUUCCUGACGCUGCUGCCACUGCUGUGGGACUGGUACCUGGUCUACCUGGCCUGGUCGCUGCUGAGGAAGCUGCAGGAGCAGCGCAAGGGUGUCUUCCGCGGCAAGCCCGUCAUGCUGAACCAGCGCAAGCCCGAGCACGUGCUUGAGCUGCAUGCGGCGCACCACCUGGCGCUGCAGCCGCCGCACCCGCAGGGGCUGAGCAUGCUGCGGGGGCUGCAGGGGCAGGGGCAGCACCAGCAGCACUAUCCGGAGGGGGAGCAGCAGCAGCGGCAGCAGUACCUGGAGGGGGAGCAGCAGCAGAUUGUGAUAGAGCCUGGGGUAGUGACAGGGGCAGCAGCAGCGGCAGCAGAUGGUGGUGGUGGUGGUAAUGGUGAUUCAGCGGUAGCGGCGGUGCACUACCUGCCUUACAUGCAGCUCCUGCUGCGUCGUUCGUGCCGAGGAUUCGUCGCGGGAGCGUUAGCAGCGGCGCUGGGUGUGGCUGGGUGUCGCCGUCGUCGGCGGGAGGAGAGGUGGAUGCGGACCUACAGCAGCAGCAGCGGCAGCAACGCGAACGGGAGCAGGGUGUAGCGGGUGUGGAUGCGGGGAUGGCAGGCAGCGAGGCAGGCAGCAGCACGCUUUGGAACGUGCGUGACAGCAGCCUGGACGGCGACAGCAGCUUCGUGUCCUUGUCGUACAAUGCGGCCUCGGAGGGCGAGGAGGAAGAUGAGCGGAAGGCGGGUCGUGCGGAGACCGCAUCUACUGCUGGCGGAAGCGGCGACGGCGGCGUGAGGAGGGAGGGUGACGUGACGGGGGCAGUGAUACCGCCGCCGCUGUCGGUUCCGCUUCCUCCGCUGCCGCCGAACCCGCACGGCAGUACGGCAGGUGGAAGCGCAGGCGGAGGGCGGGGCUGGUCGCAUGGCAGUCAAUCCGCGGCGCCGACGUCUGCGAUGACAGACGUGUUGUUGGCUAUCCAGGAGGAAGAGACCUCCUGGCAGUUCCCUCCCAGCACUGCCACCCAGCUGCGAAACGACGGUACCGGCGACUCACAGCGUGGUAACUCCCAGCACUCCCACCAGCAGCAGCAGCAGCAGCCCCACCACCACCACCACCACCACCAACCCUGGCUGGAGCAGCCCUUGCCCUCCCUGCAGCACUGGCUACACCACCCGCACAACCACCCCAACCACCAGCCCAACCACCAUCACUCCAGCCACCAUCAGCAGCAACAGCAGCAGCAGCACUACCACCACCAGUCUUCGGAUCCGCACCCGCACCCGCACGCACAACAGGCCGCUGACGGCCCCUCCAGUCACUCCACACGCAACCUCGCCACGCUGUCGGCAACACCGCAGCGUACGACACCAAACGGCGGCGGAGGCAGAAAGGUACCGGCAGAUGGCGGAGGUGACGGCGGCCCCGCCACUCGCAGCACUGCCGUGUUCGAGCUGCGUCUGCAAUCCGUAUCCGUGCCGCCCCCGGGGCUUCAGGCACCCGGCGGAGAUGCCUCCGCAGGGGUAAGAACGACGACUCCGUCUUUCGGAACCGCUGGUGCUGGUACUGGUACUGCCGGUAUUGGAAUGGGUGCCGCUGCUACUGCUGCUGCUUCUGUUGGAUCUCAGCCGCUGCCGGAUGUCGAGCCUGUCGUACUGACGGUUCCGGCGCCAGCCAUGUACGGCAGUGCGCUGUUUGCUCGCACGCCGAGAGGAGGAGGAGCUGCUCCGCCGCCGUCUCAUGUUGCUGACGGGGGUGGUGGUGGCGUAGGCGGGAAUGGGCGUGUGAUGUCCGCUAUGAGUCGCAAAGCGGCUUUCCUUCGGCAGGUCUGUCAACAACGCGCCCAGUCACUGCCGCGGGCGGCAGCCAACCCCGCCGAACCCAGUGAAACAUCCGGAAAGGGGGCCGGCCAAGACUCAGCUCGGGGCCAGGCCGCCGCCGGACCCAUGGGUCGUUCGUUGCUGCGCAGGAGCACCUUUGACGUGGCGGGCUCCAGUGCGUCCCGAGCCGCGGCUGAAGCAGCAGCCACCGCGGUUGCAGCAGCUGCAGCGGCGGCGGAGGCUGCUGUCCCGAGCAGGGUUGUGGAUGGGCGGCCCUCGCCCCCUGGGCGCAUGACGCCACCGCCGCUGCAGCAGCUUUCACCCCUGCGCGGCAAGCAGCGGCAACAACAGCUGUCACUGUCCUCGAACCCAUCUCACCAUCACCAUCAACAACAAGAUACAGACCCGCGCCACCUGGCAGCAGCCGGCAGCAGCAGCCAGCGGAGUCGCGUGUCGCCCCCCACACCACCCAACACAGUCGUCAACUCCUUCACCGGUAGCGUGGCUAGCGGCAGGGCAGCAGCGGCAGCGGCCCCGGGAAGCAUCACAGCGCCUCCCUCGCCUCCCGCCUUCCACCGUCAAUCCCAGCUCCAGCAACAGCAGCAGCAGCAGUCGCAUGCGUCGCUGCAAUCGCGGCAGCACCACAGCUUCCAUGUGCGGGCAGACCAGGCGACCAGCCCCAAUUGCCACCCUCGCAGCGCCAGCGCAGCGCCAACGCCGAAGCCUGGCGUCGUAGAGGCGUACAGCAAUCACCAUUACCAACAGCAACACCAGCAGACAGCAUUACAAGCAGGUAAUGGCGGAGUUGGAGGCUUGAGGCCUGGCGGGGGUGAGGGUCUGCUGACGCGCGCCAUGAGCCUGGGCAGCGCGGGAGGCCUCGCUGGCAGGAGGGCAUGGAGUGCGGCGAUGUCGGCGGCGUCUGCCGCGAUGUCGGGCGGGCUAGCAGCCCUGGGUAUGGCGCCUCUGCGCGCUGGGGGAGGUGGUGGUGGUGGUAGUGGAGGUGGUAGUGGAGGUGGUAGUGGUGGUGGCAGUGGAGGUGGCAUGCAGCCGUCACUGGAGGCGUCCCUUCGUGUCUUUACGGAUACCCAGACGCAGCCAACCGACAAGCCGCACAUGCAGCAGCAGCAACAGCAGGAGAAGGAAGAGGAGGAGCGGCAGCGGCUGUUCAUGCUGCAGCAGCAGCUACAACAGUUGCGACAUCAGCAGCAGCUUUUAGAAUUGCAGUUACAACAGCAGCUCGAGCGACAACAGCAGCAGCAGCAGCACCAGCAGCAACAGGCGCGGCUGCCGUUGGCAACCCCGCAGCCCCAAACCCCACCCUUGGAGCCGCCCACAUACACAGCUAGCACCAACACCAACCUCAACAGCCCAGGCGUGUCUUUAUUCACGCCGUAUGCGUAUAACCCUCAGUUGAUGCUUCAAGAGCGGCACGACUCGCAGCCCUUAACGGCCACACCUCCACAACGCCCGCCCACUUACUUUGAGCGGCAAAGUACUGGGGGUGGGAGCUACGCCGAUGGAGGCAGCCCUCUGGACGGCGGCAACAGCGGCCGCGGCGGCGGCGGUGGCGAGGCGAGCAGCAGAGGCAUAGCUGCGCUUCGAGAGCAGCACCCCCGUUACAUGUUACCGCUGCCGCCAAUGCCAAUGCCAGUGCCAAUGCCAUCCCUGGACUUCGUAUCUUCACCUGAGGCUUCAAAACACACAAAGCUGCUUCAGCAUCCUCACCCCCACCCCCACCAAACUGCUGGCCCGAGGGAAACGCGACUGCCCCAGUCAGCCUCGUCCUCUUCUGCCUUCGUAGCGACCGCCGGUGUCGGCGCCCCGCCGUCUCCUCCGUACCGUCGCUCAGGAGCCGGGCAGACGCGCUUCGCGGCGCAAGCUUCUAGUACGGCAGGCAGCAGCGACAGGGGCUGUACGGCAGCAGCAGUAACCGGCGGUACGACAGUAAACGCCGUACCGCUCCAUGCGGAGAGCAGUGGGCUAGUCCGCAGCAGGUCGGCUGCAGCGGUUGCGGCGAUGACUGGUGUGGAUGCGAUUGCGGGUGCGCCGGGUGCCGAGGCGACGCAGUUCAGCGGUACCGGUAGGGG